AUGCCACCGUCAGUGGUCCACUUCAUUUUCAUUGCCGGAAGCAUUCAUCUGGCCAACCUUCGCUCAACCAAGCUUGAAACGCACAAUACUCUUCUCCAAACCUCUUUGGAGGCUCUAUCAGAGAUUGGAAACUCCUAUCCUGUAGCUCAGAAGGCAUCUUUGGAGCUAGAAGGAUUGACUGAGAAGUGGAAAACUUCAAACGUGGUCGAGGCCGCAAAGCUCCGCAACGAGCAAAACACUAUCAAUGGGCGUGGCGUUCUCCUUGGCAGCGGCGAAAAGUUUGAAGCCUCUCAUGCAUUUUCCAACUUUUUGGACGUCGACUUUUCUCCUCUGAAAGAACUGGAAGGGUACUUUGAUGCGUGGAGCAACCAGCAACCUCCCGCCAACUUCAACUAUGAGCACGUGAACUUGGGACAUGUCGGUAAUGGAUCCACGCUAGACCCUGGGACUGAAUGGAUGCCCGAUGCGGAUUUAGGAGGCAUUGAUGAAGGCGCUUGUCCUUGGUUGUACAGUUAG